AUGCUGGAAGGGAAAGCGAAGGUGGAAGAGACAGAUAUGCCGGUGAAGAUGCAAAUGCAAGCAAUGAGCAUUGCUUCUCAGUCUCUCGAUCUUUUUGAUGUCGUUGACUGUCAAUCCAUCGCUGCUCACAUCAAGAAGGAGUUUGAUGAGAGAUAUGGAAGUGGAUGGCAAUGUGUGGUGGGAUCAAAUUUUGGGUGUUUCUUCACACAUUCUAAAGGAAGUUACAUCUAUUUUCAUUUGGGGACCCUCCAUUUCCUCAUCUUCAAAGGCGCCACUCUUUAG